AUGGUAAAUGGUGGCUUCGAACGUGUGAAGAAUCUGCUGGAGGGCACACAGCUAGACGUUAUAGCUGGGGUUUGGAUCAUCUUCCAUGAGAAUCCUCUGUUUUCCUGCAUGGUGCUGGAUAUGACUGUGGUGUACAAAUCUAGCAGGGUGGCAGUCAAGGACCGCCAUCAGAGGGACAACACAUCUCCACUAUCAGUAGGAGUUUAUGCCUCUGCUGAGGUAGAAGGGAGUGGAAGCCAGAGCUGCCACAGCCCCAGGGCAGGAAAGGCGGAGUCCGCAGCCGACGUUGGAAACGGGCGCGCCAGAGGGGCGCAGGCACCCGGCCUGCUGGGGGGCUCUGGCCCCGGCGUGGACCCUCGCGCCGCGUGCGCCCGCGGGGGCCCAGGCGCAGGCCUCCUCGCACUGCCGCUUCGAAAGAGAGGAGCGAGACCUCGGGGUCCUGGGGCCGAAGCCACCGGUCAGGCGCGACGCGGCCCAGCGCGGCGUGGCUGGGUGGGGUGGGCUGAGGUGGGUGCGAGCAUUCCCGCGCGGGGGGCCACACGCAUCUCUUUCCCCUUCACCCCGCGUCCCCCGGGGGCUGACGCGCGCUCUCAGGGCGCGCGCAUCCUCCAGACCGGUCCAGGCCGGAGGGAGGCGGCGGGGGAGGGGAAGGCGACGCGCUUCGCUGAGGCGCCUCGGGGGCCGCAGGAGGCGACCUGCCUGUCACCCGCCGCCGCGGGGAGCAAGGAAGGCCGGCCAGUGUGGCGCUUCCUACGGGCCCCCGGCUGCAGGGCGUCCCACGCCGCCGCCCUCAGCCCGCCCGGCGCGUCCCCGCCCCGGCCCCGGAGGGCAGGUACCUCAGAGCCCCGGCCCCCAGGAGCCUCGCGGCCGCGGUCCGAGCGUCCCUCCGGGUCCCUCACCCGACGUCAGCGUCAGCAGAAGACCAGGGAAGGGGGCGGGGGAGCGCCGGGAGCGGCGCUUCCUGCGGCGGCGGCGGCUGCCGGCAGCCGGAGGCGCAGGCUGAGGAGACGGUGCGCGCCGCAGCGCAGCACAGCACAGCGGCCGAGGGGGAGCUGGCGUCCUCGCCUCUGCCGCCCGCCACCUCCCUUCCCGGGCCCCCUCCCAGCAGGACCCCCGGCACCUGGAAGGCGGAGGGAGGGGGCGACGGCCUCACCUUGUCUGAGGCGGGUCGGGGACGAGGAGAGUAGCCCCAGCUCCGUCCCUUCGCGCAGGGUGACCCCGCCCCCGCUCUCCCGCAGGUGUUCCACGUGUCCCUACCGUGUGCGUCACAGUGACCUGGCCGCAGGUGCCAGCUGCGGCGGCCAACGCCUCCGGGCUGCCCCCAGUGUGGUGCCCAGUGUGUGGUUCUGGCUGCCACGCUAUGCUGUGGCCACCGUGUGA